AUGCAGCCAUGGUCCAGUACCAGCAGUCGCGCGCUUCUCUUCGCAUUGCGACCACUCUCUAGGCCCACUGAACGACAUUUCUCAGUAUCUGCUACCCUCGAACGAACAAAGAAAGUCAAAGUAGGAAGUAGGGACCGCGCCGAGGCGGGAAAGGAGGCAAAGAAGGAUGCGAAGUUGUCGCUGAAAUCUACAGCACAGACAGCCCGUCGUACUAUCGCUGCGGCAUCCGAUUUUGAUCAUCUCGUGGAAACUUCGUUGCAAGAUAUAAAGAAAAACCUCUACCGGUUAAAUGGCCAGAAUCCUUCAAAAUGGUCUCAGUUCGAGCGUCGAAUCAAGACUGCGUGUCAAUUACACGACACAAGAAAGGCCGAAGGACCCCUAGCCCGUAUCAAGCUGUCACUAAGAAAGGCAUACCUUCAAUCUGGAGUACACGGCUUGCGCGAAGAGCUAGAAUAUAUGCAGUAUGCAGAUGAUCUCACAGAAAGAUAUUCAAAUGAGAAUGUGGAAGCACAGCAAGAAGUCUGUGAUCUUCGACAUCCUGCAGAAUGGUAUCCCAACGCACGGUCUAUUCAACGUACAAUCCACCUCCAUGUGGGACCUACAAAUUCUGGCAAGACAUACCAUGCGUUACAGCGACUGAAGAAAUCUAAAAGUGGGUUCUACGCCGGACCAUUGAGGUUGCUUGCGCAGGAGGUAUAUCAUCGUUUUAAGGACAACGGGAUCCCCUGCAGUCUAGUGACAGGAGACGAAGUCAGACAUCCAGAGAACGGAGAAACCCCACGGAUUGUGAGCAAUACAGUGGAGAUGGUUAGUCUGGGGCAACAGUUCGAAGUUGGAGUCAUCGAUGAAAUCCAGAUGAUUUCCGACUCGUCGCGAGGUUGGGCAUGGACUCGAGCUGUACUUGGAGCUCAGGUUUCCGAGCUACAUCUAUGUGGUGAGGUACGUACCGUGCCCUUGAUUCGUGAGCUGUGUGCACUCACAGGAGAUGUUCUGGAAAUUCAUCGCUAUGAGCGCCUUAAUGCGCUGGAGGUAAUGCCGCGUAGUCUGCGGGGGGAUUUGAAAAAGCUCCAAAGGGGAGACUGUCUUGUUGCAUUUUCCCGAGUCGGCAUUCACGCGUUGAAGGCACUUAUUGAGAGAUCUACUGGCAAACGAGCUGCAAUUGUUUACGGUGGUCUCCCAGCCGAGAUUCGAACCCAGCAAGCUGCCCUAUUCAAUGAUCCCGAUAAUGACUAUGAUUUCCUCGUAGCGAGUGACGCUAUCGGUAUGGGGUUGAACCUGAGCUGUAAGCGUGUAAUCUUCGAGACUACUAUUAAGCGCACUCCUUCUGGUUUACAUCGGCUUACCGUCCCCGAGAUUAAGCAAAUCGGUGGACGUGCUGGUCGAUAUCGUGCGGCCAAUGCCAAAGGAGGCAGCGACGAUGGCGUCAAUAUAGGCUAUGUGACUUGCCUCGAGGAAGUCGACCUUCCAUAUAUCCAAGAAGCCUUUGGAGUUGAACCCCCACCGCUUCGUGCCGCUGGAAUUGUUCCUCCAAAUGUUGCUUUUCAGAAGUUUGAUGCCUAUUUUCCGAGGGGUGUUCCAUUCGAGUACCUCAUCAAACGAAUCAUCGAAAUAUCCCAGAUGAGCCCUCUCUUUUUCAUGUGCGAUGUCCGUAAUCAACUGGAAAAUGCUGAAAUCAUUGAUAGUGUGAAGGGUUUGAGUAUCCAAGACCAGCUUAUGCUCAUGGCUUCUCCCAUGGACACGAGAGAUCAAUCUGCACGCAACGUUACUGCAGCUUUUGCUGACUGUAUUGCCGAAAAUACUCGCGGCCGACUAUUGGAAAUCCCUGGUCUCAACCUUGAAAUCUUGGAACAACCUGUGUCCGGGGAUAAAAACUACGUUCAUGAAUUGGAGAGUUUGCAUAAAGCCAUCAUUCUCUACUCCUGGCUGAGUUUCCGAUUUGGUGGCAUAUUCACUGACCGGACUCUUGCAACACAUGUCAAGAAGCUUGUCGAGGACAGAAUGAUUCGAGCGCUGACCGAAUUCUCGGCUAAUAAGAAACUGCGCAAGGAUGCUUCUUUGAAACGCCGUAUCCAGUUGCAAAAGCAGAUUAUUGGCCGAGAGGCCGAAUUCGGACCUGAAGAGGUGCAAUUAUCAGACAAUGAGGAUAUGGAUCCAUCUGAGAGCGACUUUGACGCCAAUUUCGAGCCAACCCCUGUGUCUAAGGAACAAAUCUCAUCGGUAUAG